AUUUUGUGGGGCUCCCCAUCCGGUCACAUCCACCCCACUCCGCCCCCACUUGGUGUACAUAACAAACCAACGGGCUUAAUUGGCAAAUUAGUAGCGGGUUAAAUGUGCGCGGCAGGCAGUCCCAUCGUCAGUGUGCUUCUCCGGCAGAAUGUGCUCCUCCGGAGCAGUGGUGUUCUCCGGAGCCGGGACUCCAUGCUGUCGCCAUGCAAACCGAACUAUAGACGCGAGUCCCGGGCUUUCUCGUCGAACGCUGGGGCUUUGGCUGGCGCUCCAGCUGCUCCCGGCCAGAUCUCGCACCCAAAAACAGUGAGUGAUUUCCAAAAGCUUCACGAAGCCACCAAAAAGAAGUUCCAAUCCAAAAAGCUGCCGGCGGACGUGCAUCCGGAUGCAGUGUUCGCCUGCAACGAGCUGGACCUCAGCGAGGUGCAGGUGUAUGGAUUUGACUAUGACUACACUCUAGCUUGCUACAAGCCCAUCCUGGAGGACCUGCUGUACAACCUCGCCCGCGAGAUGCUGGUAAAAAGGUUCCACUACCCGGAGGACAUCCUUGAACUUGAGUAUGAGCCUAACUUCGCGGUGCGCGGCCUGCAUUACGACGUUGAGAAGGGACUGCUGGUGAAGCUGGACAGCUUUCUGCAGCUGCAACUCGGCUCUGUUUAUCGGGGGCGUACUAAGGUGGAGGCGGAGGAGGUGCUGAAGCUGUACCACAACCGCUUGCUGCCCAUCGCCUACGUGGAGGGACCCAACAACAGCUACCGACACAACACCAACUCCAAAAUGGUUCAACUAGCCGACCUGUUUUCUGUACCUGAAAUGUGCCUGCUGUGCAACGUCAUCGAAUAUUUUGAGCGCAAUCGCAUCGACUAUAAUCCGGAGAUUGUUUUCCAUGACACACGAACCGCCAUGGGUUCCUGCCAUCCCAUAAUGCACGGCAAGGUUAUGCUUGACACCGAGAAGUACAUAGAACGCAACCCGAAGCUGGUCAAGUUCUUCGAGAAACUGCAGCAGGCGGGCAAGAAUCUCUUUCUGGUCACCAACAGUCCAUACUCGUUUGUAAACUGCGGAAUGUCCUGGUUGGUGGGCUCCAACUGGCGCGACUUCUUCGAUGUUGUUAUCGUGCAGGCUCGCAAGCCCAAAUUUUUCACUGACGAGUCGCGACCAAUAAGGCUGUUCGAUGAGCGGACUAAGUCGCAUCUGUGGGAUCGUGUUUUCAAGCUCGAAAAGGGCAAGAUUUACUACGAGGGUUCUGUAAAACAGCUGCAAGAGCUCAAGGGUUGGCGCGGUCACUCGGUACUUUACUUUGGAGAUCAUCCUUACAGCGAUCUGGCUGAUGUUACUCUCAAGCACAGCUGGAGGACAGGUGCCAUCAUCAGUGAACUGGCGCACGAAAUAAAAACCCUCAAUCGGAAGGAUUUUAAGAUGAGUGCUAACUGGCUACAGAUGCUCACGCAGCUAAUUGAAGAGACCCAGGACGACGAGAGUGAGGCCGCCCAGAUUUGCCUAAAAGAGUGGAUGGAAGAGCGAGAUCAGUUGCGUAACAAAACGAAGAACGUAUUCAACGAGCAGUUUGGCAGCGUGUUCCGCACAUACCACAACCCCACGUACUUCUCAAGACGCCUCUUCCGUUUUGCCGACAUCUACACCAGCGACAUAACCAAUCUGCUAAAGUUCUCCACCACCCACACCUUCUAUCCUCGACGGGGCGUGAUGCCUCACGAAUAUGCCUCCCACUUCAUCUAGAGAAUGUUAAGAAUAACGUUUCUUAAGAAGCUCACCUUAGUUGUAGGUCAAAAAGUGCCAGUGUUGAUUGCUUGUAGCUCGAAACUAGUGAAUUUACCUCGUGUAUAUUGUUAUUUACAUUGUUGCUCAAUAAAAUCGUUGUAAUAGUUCAAAAAAA